AUGAAGUUUAUUAUUGUUUUAACGUUUUGUAUGGUAGCUGUGGUACUAGCACAAGAAAAAUAUGAUACUAUCGCUGAAGAUUUUAAUGUGUCUGAAUUACUUGCAAAUGAAAGAUUGCUAAACGCUUACGCAAAAUGUUUGCUGAGUAAAGGACCUUGCACUGCUGAAGUUAAAAAAGUUAAAGAUAAACUACCUGAAGCUUUAGCUACAAGAUGUGCUAAGUGUACAGAUAGACAAAAGCAAAUAGGCAAACAACUGGCUAGAGAAGUGAAAAGAACUCGUCCGGAACUGUGGAAUGAAAUAGUAGCUUUUUAUGAUCCAGAUGGAAAAUAUCAAGAAGCAUUCCAGGAUUACCUCAAGCCUUGA